UUUAGUUCCAAAUUUUCCCUAAAUUUUCUGGAGUUCAACUCGGGAAAAAAAUAAAUUCUUUUUCAUGUCAAACACCUAUUGAGAGGGAGCAGAAAGAGGAGAAGCAGCCAUGGGAGAAGAAAUUAAGGCAGCGGCAAACUACUAUUCGAAGGACUUUGAAUGGGACCAACUUCGACAAGAGAUCGAAAACAAUCCUUCUCUUGCUCACCAUUUGCUUCCUUUUCCUAAUUCCAUCACCCAAAAUCAACAUACCCUUUUGUCUUUAUGUUCCCCGCAGGAAGAUUCUGAAGCAUGGAACAACUUCCACACUCGCCAUUCCACUGGAAAAUUCUUCAAGGAGCGUCGGUACUUGCUUAAGGAAUUUCCAGAGCUAGCCUCUUGCGGGGAAUGCUCGACAGUUUUGGAGAUUGGAUGUGGAAAUGGUAGUACAGCUCUGGCAAUACUACGUGGAAACAAGAGCAUCUCUCUGUAUGCCUGUGACUGCAGCAAAGAGGCUCUUGAGAGGGCUAAAGAGAAUAUUGAAGCUGCUAAUAUAAACUUAGCUAAAGAACGUUUUUACCCAUUCCAAUGUGAUUUCUCUGCAAGCGGAUUUCCAAACUGGUUAGCCUGCACUUCUUGCUAUGAAAAUUUAUUCCAGAAGCAGAAUAUGGCAGAUGCAAGAAGCUACAGUAAGCAAGAUUUCCCAUCUGCCAAGAACAAUAACUGCAUUGGUGGAGUAGAUUUUGUUACCUUAAUAUUUACACUAUCAGCAGUGCCACUUCACAGGAUGUCGAGAGCAAUCACAGAAUGCUUCUCUGUUCUAAAGCCCGGAGGGCUGUUGUUAUUCAGGGAUUAUGGUCUUUAUGAUAUGACCAUGCUUCGGUUCGAGCCAGAGCAAAGAGUAGGAUACAGGGAAUACAUGCGUACUGAUGGAACAAGGUCUUACUUUUUUUGCUUGGAUAAUGUGCGAGAUCUCUUCUGCGGCACAGGAUUCACCGAGCUUGAGCUUGAAUAUUGUUGUGUCCAGUCAGUGAAUCGACGGAAUGGGAAGAUCAUGCGAAGAGUAUGGAUUCAUGGGAAGUUCCAGAAGCCUCAUGUCCACGUAGGUUCUUAACCCUGUGGUUUUGAUGGAAGAAAGUGAGCUUGCAAACAGCUACGUUUAUGUUCCUUGAGCUUAAGAAACUGAAAAAAGCAGAUAAACAUGUGUAAUUUUUUACCCUUUAAUUCUCCUUCAACAGAGCUAAAUCAAUUACGUGUAGAAGUAGAAUGCUUGAGUAUAAUUUCAGCACCUGAGAUUCCUUUGAAUUCAAGAUUCAGUCAUUUUUUAGCUAUGCAUGCAAAGCGGCACUUUAUCUCGUGAAACAUAUUAAGUAGUGCUGUGAUUGUACGAUGAGAUGCAGAAAAGAAUGAGCAAAAAGUUGACAAGAUGGCCAUAUUCUUUCUGUUACUCCGGCAGUUUGUUCUCUUAAGCUUGGGGCUGUUUUAACGUCUGCUUACACUAUGAUGGUGCAUUAUUGGUUUGAGAAGCUUCUCAAGGGUGAUUUAUUGUUGUUCCUCUGGAAGAGAAUUUAAUUGUGAAAAUUGGUGUAAUCUGAUGCCGGUAGCAGGCUCGUUGAAAUUAUUCUCUUGGUGAAGCUUGUGGGGAAGACUGGCCCAAUUGCAUAGAAGGG